AUGCCGGUCUGGUUGCAUCAAAUUAGUUUGUUGAUGAGACACAUAUGCCCAUUCUCGAGGUUUGAAAGCGACUCGGUCGCGUCUCGUCACCGAAAAAGGCAUUUGCUGCUCGGCUACGGCUUGGACAAUGAAAACAUUCGACUGCUCCGCUUGCGCAGUUUCACCAUCGGCAGGCCUCUAGCCGAUGAAGAGCUUAUGAGUCCCAACGCACAGGACAAAAUUGCAGCUCUCAUUGGUAUCAUGGAACCUUUCCACCGGUAUCAAAUACGGGCCCUUUCGCCCCGUUCCCCUCUUCGCCUCUCCAGCCACUUCAGCGGUGUAGCCUCGGACACAAUGAUACCCACCAUCUAG